GGGAGGCCGACUAGUAACCCGGAAGCGGUCGGCAGUGCGGCGCUGUUUAAAGAUGGCGGCGGAGGAACCUCAGCAGCAGAAGCAGGAGCCGCUUGGCAGCGACUCCGAAGGUGUUAACUGUCUUGCUUACGAUGAAGCCAUCAUGGCUCAGCAGGACCGAAUUCAGCAAGAGAUUGCUGUGCAGAACCCACUGGUCUCGGAGCGGCUGGAGCUCUCUGUCCUAUACAAAGAAUAUGCUGAGGAUGACAACAUCUAUCAACAGAAGAUCAAGGACCUCCACAAAAAGUACUCAUACAUCCGCAAGACCAGGCCUGAUGGAAACUGCUUCUAUCGUGCUUUCGGAUUCUCCCACUUGGAGGCGUUGCUGGACGACAGCAAGGAAUUGCAGCGGUUCAAGGCUGUGUCUGCCAAGAGCAAAGAGGACCUGGUGUCCCAGGGCUUCACUGAGUUCACAAUUGAGGAUUUCCACAACACGUUCAUGGACCUGAUCGAGCAGGUGGAGAAGCGGACCCCCGUGGCCGACCUGCUGGCCUCUUUUAACGACCAGAGCACCUCGGACUACCUGGUGGUCUACCUGCGGCUGCUCACCUCGGGCUACCUGCAGCGCGAGAGCAAGUUUUUCGAGCACUUCAUCGAGGGCGGGCGGACCGUCAAGGAGUUCUGCCAGCAGGAGGUGGAGCCCAUGUGCAAGGAGAGCGACCACAUCCACAUCAUCGCGCUGGCCCAGGCGCUCAGCGUCUCCAUCCAGGUGGAGUACAUGGACCGCGGCGAGGGCGGCACCACCAACCCCCACGUCUUCCCCGAGGGCUCCGAGCCCAAGGUCUACCUGCUCUACCGGCCCGGACACUACGACAUUCUCUACAAAUAGGGCCGCCGGCCGCUGCCGCACCGCCCGCCCCUCCGCCAGGCGCUAGACGUGUACAGAGGUUUUCUUGUGGUUGUAAAUGGUCAUACUUCACUCCCCCACCCCUUCCCUGUCACACGACCUCCCGUGUUUUAUUAAAGGGGACGCUGGUGGUGAGCCGCGUGUGUGCGUGUCCCUGCUCGGCUGCUGCCCACCUGGCUGCUCUGUGUCUGGCUGCCCCCUUCCCCUCAGGUGGGUUCCUUUCGGCCUUUCACCUGUCCACCCCCAAACCUCCCCGCCAGGAGCAGUUUUGAGGGGUCUGGGCCUCUCGGGGACCCUUCCUGGUUAUGGGGGUUCUGCUUCCUUUCCUUCAGGCCGCCAUCCCUUCCCUGUUUAGCUGGCCAGGGCUUUAGCUGCUCCCUCCUGGGCCCUGCCCCCACCCUGCUGUCCUGGCCGGAGCCCCCGCCACUUGCCUUCGGUCAGGGCUCUGCGUGGUGGAGUCCUGGGUGGAGAGGGACCACGUGGUGCUGCAGCCUGGCUCAGGGCAGGCGGAGGUGCGGGGGGGCCCCAGGGCGCCCCAGCCAGUGCCAGCCAGGCGGGGGAGGGGCAGUCCCCCAGCCUGUGCGUGGUCCCGUCCCCAGGCCCAGCCUCCGGUGGAGCGGGGCGCUCCAGGCCCCCGUCCUCCCGCUCUGCUCCCCUCGGCCCCCUGCCUGUGCCUGCUUUGCACCCCAUUGCUGCACUACCUUCCUUCCUGCCUUCACCUCGUUUCUCACCCCCGCCCCCUCCCCGGCACAUGUCGGGUCUCAGCCCCCAGGCUGUGAGCUUCUUGGGGGCAGGCCCUCAAUAAACGUGACGCGCUGCUGCCCA